AUGGCAGCUGUGGCAACAGCAGCAACAACAAAAGAAAGCGAGAGCGACGCCGCACACAAAAACUACAAAAUCGUACAAGAUGUAGGCAACUUCGCAGAGAAGGAAGCCCAACGUCCCGACUUCGACCACGCCAAGCCCAUCGAAACCACCAAAUCCCCUUACCCAGCCUGGGACUACGGACAAGGGAUACCAGACAACAACGCCAGUCUAUCGCAAGAGCAUCACGAGGUGGACCCCUACGCGCCAGACCGGCCCUCGGUGAACAACUACCGGCUGCUCGUCUCCGCCAUCGCGCCCCGCCCAGUCGGGUUUCUCAGCACCGUCAAUGCAAAGGGCCAGAAGAAUCUCUCCCCCUUCAGUUACUUCCAGGUCAUUGACCAUGACCCUCCGAUGUUCAUCGUCGGGUUCUCGUCCCGUCCGGGCCGGGUGAAAGACACGUACCGCAAUCUCAAGGAAACAGGCGAGUGUGUGAUCAACACCGUGUCCGAGAACAUGAUCGAAGCGGUGAAUGCCACCUCCAUCGAUGCACCGUAUGGUGUUUCGGAGUGGGAUGUCUCAGGUCUGCACGAGGCGCCCUCAACGACUGUGAAGCCGUCGCGCGUGCAGGAGUCCGUGUUCAGCAUCGAGGGCAAGGUGAUCGAUAUUAAGGAGUUUGCGGAUCAUCAGCAGCCGGGGAUGAGCAUUGCUGCUACGGUGUUAAUCAAGGCGACGCGGUUCUGGGUUAAGGAGGGGGCUGCUGAUGCCGAUUUCAGUCAUAUUGAUCUUGACAAAUUGAGGCCUGUGGCGCAGCUGGGAGGUGUUUCUUAUGGGCGGAUUGUGUCGACUUUUGAACGGCCGCGGACGAAGUGGAGUAAUGAGGUGGUGAAGAGUGAGUUGUUGGCAAGCUUGGAGGAUAAGGUAGAGAAUUGA